AUGGCGAGUCUAAGAAUGGGCAGCAUGCCGUCGCUGAGGCGGCAGCAUCUCCUGGCCGAAUUUGCCGGUCUCAAGCAGGCCUGUCCGGAGGGCGUAUUUGUGAGCUUGACGCCGGGAGACCCGAUGCUGUGGUCGGGCGUCAUGUUUGUGAGGCAUGGACCCUAUGCUACGGCAAUACUCAGAUUCCAAAUAUCUUUUCCCGACACAUACCCGCGGCUGCCGCCACUCGUGACCUUCUCGACAGACAUGUUCCACCCGUUGAUCACACCAUUAACGACCUACAUGUACACCACGGAUAUCCAGGACAACGGCACAGUGAGCGCAACUGACGCAGAACGACUGCCUCCCGGCGGCUUCAGCCUACGCCACGGAUUCCCAGCCUGGUUUGGGAGAGGAAGCCGAAGUGUGGCGGGCAGUAGGCAGGUCAGCGGCCAGCAGCAGCCCCCGGCAACGCCGGCGAGAGGCGGCACAUCAAGCAGUGCAGCGACGACGCCGAGCUCCAAAGCUACGCCGAUUGGAGGGCGUCCGGGAUAUCUCGAUACCUCGCGACGGGAGGUUUCAACGUACGAGGUUUUGAGAUAUAUCAGGAGCACGUUCGAUGAUGACAGUGUGCUCGAUUCGGUGCCGCUAGAGGCUGCUGGCAACCCGGGCGCUUGGCACGCAUGGCGGACGCGUCAGCGCCAGGCGGGCAAUGUCACUGGAGACUCUGCAAAGCGGCCAGUGGAGGGGCAGGAAGGGGAAACCGAAGAGGAGAAGGCCGAGGGAGAGAACGCCGAGGGAGAGACGGCCGCGGCUCAUGGCCAAGGCAAGGCUGAACAGCUAGUCCCCGAGGCCGAGCCUGCUGCGCCGGCGACACCCGUUGCGAACGCUAUCAAGCGGAAGCCAGUGUCGGGCGUUGUGCCUACCCCGCGGCACCCUGGAGAGUGGAACUGGGAAGGAGUCUGGGAGGACAGAGUGCAGAAGGGCAUCGCGGCGUCCCUUUCGGAGGCGAUCAACUUUCUCGCAAUGGAGGAAGGCGAGGUGGAUUCUGUCCGGGAGAACCUGCAGCGGACGCUGGGGAGCGGCGCCGCGACUCCCGAAGAACGAAAUAGCAUGCAGAGCGUGCCUGCUGGCGAAUGA